AUGAGUCUCUUCGUGCUUGUCUUGGCGCUCACCGCCAAGCCGCUGGCCGCCAAGAGCAACCCCUACCCCAAGCCGUAUGCCGCCUACAUCGGCUCCCCGCCCCCGCCCGGCACGCCAGUCAAGACCCUCAUAACACGCGCGGAGAUGGGCAUUUCAGAUGAGGAGUACAAGGCCAUGCUCAAGCCGAGCCCACCGAUCUCAUACGAACGAGCGAUGGAGACACUGAUGAGCGGCUUUGAAGACGGACACUUCCCCAAACCAUUCAAAUGUCAGUCAGAGACAAACAAACAAUCCAUCUCCUUCAUUCCACGUGUGUGUCUCUUGUGCGGUGUCUCACUCACAUGCAGCUGGCAUUGAGGAGUUUGUCAUGCCAUCCAACGAGCAGUUGGGCGUGGCCGAGUUUGCCCCACCUCCUGGAGAGGCAAGACAACCGACACACAGACAGACAGACAGACAGGAGAUGUCUUGAUUCCAUGUCUCUGUGUGUUUAUGUGUGUGUCAGGAGGAGAGAGGUGUGGAGGGCGAGCUGGUGGGCAACCGCGUGGUUGUAAAGGGCGAGCGUGUGUUGCAGCCGCAGCCGAAGGUCCAAUACAUCAUCCAAGAGCUGCCAGAGGAACGCAAAGCUGCAGAGCUCUCGUCAUACCCCAGACCGGGACUGCCGAAGGCCAUCGUCGAACCGCAAGAAGGUAACUCGUUGGUGGGAGAGAGAGGGGAGAGGGGAGGAAAACAAUCGGUGAGAGGGGAGAGGGGGGUAACUCGUGGGAGAGGCGAGAGGUGACGAAGGGGAAAGGCACGAUCGGUCGUGUUUGUUUGUUGUGUCAGCCGUGGUGCAUCCGCCGCAGUACGCCAUCCUCGCGUACAAGGUGGUGCUGAUCGUCGUCUCCGUCUCAAGCAUCAUCUACUUCCUACUCGCAGGCCUUCUUGGUCAGCGGCCGGCCACACAACAUGAGGAAACACACACACGCACAUUGGCCAUAUGUCUCCUUGUGUCUCUGUGUGAUUUUAGGUGAGACACUCUUGGAGGUGCUGAAAGAGCAAGUCUUCCUCAGCGUGAGUGCCAGCCUGAGUGUCUUCUACAUCGUCCUCAUCGUUGGCAUCAACCUCCUCGACGCCGUUCACUCGCUCGACGUGGCACUCACCAUCGUCCUCGCCCUCCUCGCCGGUCAGACACACAGAGACAGCCAGAGAGUCGUGCAAGUGCACGCUGUAUUGUGUGUUGUGCGUGUGUGCAUUUGUGCAGGUGUGGGUGUGUUGUUGGUGGGCCGGCUGCGCGACACGUCUGCCAUCAGCCGUGAGGUGGUCAUGUCGUUUGUGGCGGCGGCCUUCAUCAACCUCGUGUACCAGGGCGUCUGCUGGCUCAUGCGCAACCCGUUGGGACCCAUCGGCCUGCUCACCAUCCAAGUGAGCACCGAGACGCCACAUGGACGGACACACCAAUGUGUGUGUGUGUGUGUGUGCGUCUUUGAAGCCCAAGACGGCGUGUGUGACGUACUUUGUGUUGCUGCCCUCGCUCGCCUACGCCGUCGUCCUGCUGGUCGGCAGACAGACAGACAGACAGACAGACAUGCCACUGUCACGUGUGUGUGUGUCGUGAAUAAAAUGUCAGCUGCGUCGCGUGGUCCCUGCUGCCACCAUCCAGAGUCUCCUGCGCACGUUCGUGUCGAUCUUCUUCGUCGUGGCCGGUGGGCAGCCAACUCAAAAUGCACACUCACCGGAUUCGCUCAUCUGUCUCCCGUGUGUGUGUCUCUAUGUGUCUCUCUCUCUUUGUGUGUCUGUGUGCAGCUGCCAGCUAUGCCGUCCACGCACUCAUGCCGCGCCUCUUCCCUCUCAUCGCACUCGUACACACACACUCCGAUGGAUGAAGGGGAUGGACAAUGAUCAUGUGGCCUGAUGGAUGUGCUGCACGUCUGUCUGGGUGUGUCCGUCCGUCUGUGGUGCAGGAGCCGAUAGCCUUCUUCGCGCUGCCGUCGAUCGUCUUCAACGCAUCUUGGCGCGAGGCCGUGUUCUUCGCUGCCUUCGCCGGGCUGUGGAAGGGACUCACUUUCCUGACGGUCCUCUUCAAGGCGCCAACCGUCCAGCCAGCAGAACCAGCACCACGAAGAGAGGCCGAGGUGAGUGAGGCAGAGCAAGAAAGAAAGAUCGGGGGAGGGGGAAGAGACGCACACAUUUAUCCUCUCGCGUUUGUGUGUGUGCAGGGCUGAGAGGGAUGGUCGAGCAGCGCAAACAGACAGACAGACAGACAGACAACAGACAGAAAACCGGACCGACAUGUUUUGGUUGAGAUGAGCGACUCCUUUGCACUGACGACACACUCGUGUGUAUGAAUCUGUCCAUGAACGAGUCCCACCAGUGCGUCCAUACUCAUCAAACUACAUUGAUAUCUUUCUACAGAGUCCCUCCUUCUGCACUCCUCAUCAAGGGCACGAGCCCAUAACGCAACACAUACCGACCUGACACACACACACACACAUACACACACACACGUACACGUCAUGUACACACCAGCGCACAUGUGUCCAUGAACGCAUUGGCCUCCCGUUUGAUGAGUAUGGACGCCCUCCCUAAUGUCAUAUGACUCCCGUAAAUACAUGUGUUCCAGCCAAAUAAGAUGUCAUCGUUUUCUCGCGUCGGGGUGCUCGCCAAGGAGCUAGAAGUGGAGCUGGGCAAGAUCACCGCCGACAUCGAACAGCUCAAGAGGGAGCAAAUCGCACAGUUGGAGAAGGAAAGGGAAACGUACGUGAGCCGCACGGACGCCCGGACAGAUGGACAGAUGGUUGGUCGGUUGAUGGCGUGGUUGCAGGUUGGAGAGCGAAUACCGUGAGAAACACGACGCCUUGGUUCGUGAGCGGGCUGCCCUCGAGGCCGAGAAGAAGAUGAUGUACGCACGGCACCCAGAGCCGCUGCAACACGACGUGCUGCAGUUCAACGUCGGGGGCCGACAGAUGGCCGCCAAAAGAGCCACGUACGGCAUGGAGUCCUCUGCGUGUGCGUUGUUUCGGCCUAUCCUUGUGGCUUUGUGUCCAUGUGUUCAGUUUGUGCGUGGUUCCUGGCAGCUACUUGGCCAACUGUUUCUCGGGCCGGUGGGAGCACUGCAUAGAGCGCGACGCCGACGGGUGCUACUUCCUGGAUUUCGACCCCGAGUGCUUCGAAGUCAUACUCAACUGGCUGAGGUGUGCAAUGAGAGGUGGGGGGAUGGCGAGGCUAGAAUGGGCAGGGAGAUGUGCCUUGUGUGCAGGGAUAGGCGUGUGCAGGGAUCGGGCAUUGGCGCCAAGCCGCCAGGUUGGUACACGUCUUCUCACUUUCGUACACGUCAUUUUUCGCUGUCUUCAGUGCCUUCUGUCGGUAAGGAGAGCCACUUCGCCAACCUCGUGGAGUUUCUCGGCCUCAAAGAGUCUGCAGACAACCACCAGCACACAUCCACGGCCAUUAGCUGCACGUCCGCACAGGACAUCACCACCCGAGAGAAUAGCUCUGAAGGUGAGCAGACAGCCACCUGUACCAUGAUCCGCACUGAUUCCGCAGGUAAUGCUGUCCUCCUUCGUCUUCUCUGCUCGUGCAGGUGUGUCGGCCCCUGCGCUGGCAUCAUCUGCAAUGAGAGCUGCGUCCAAUCUGCCUCAGUGGCGCGUGGUGCCGGGCGUGUGGGUGUGGGAUGAGAAGCACGGCGGGGCUGGGUGCGGACUGCCCGACACGAGAGCCAGGGGCUGCUCCCAAACCAUCAGAACAGAGGAGCCCGUCGCAGAUAUAGGUCGGUCCCAUCGCGAAUGAGAUGGCACACUUUCUCGUACAGCUGUUGGUUGGAUAUGGUUGGCGUGUAUGUGUGUAUGUGGUCAGGGGGUAUCGUGUGCUGUUGGGAGGUGGAGGUGCGGACCGUGUCCGAUUGGAGCUAUGUCGGCUGCGUCACUGAGGAGUGGGGAGGCAGCAUGGCCGCCUGCAAACCCCUGGGCAGGACCCACCACUCCUGGGCCAUCGCCAGCAAUGGUACGUACUCACUCUUGGCUCGCUGGCUGGCUGGCUGGCUGGCUGGCUGGCUGGCGGCACACAAACAGACGGGCACUCGUACAAUACGAUGUUUGGGUGUCUUUAAAUUGCGUGUAAUCUGAGCGAGCAGGUAGUGUGUUGUCGUGCGGCGUCGAAAGACCCCCAAAGAGCCCCAACACUACUGCCUACACCACUGGUACGUGGGCAUGGCGCAGACGUCCGUACGCGCUCGAUUGGUGCUGGCCUGUUCGUAUGCAUGUGCACACGUACAUCUUCUGCCGCUGCACGGCAGGCGCCCGUUUGUGUUUCGUCUGCCGGCUGAACGAGCCAAACAAACCGGUGAGCGCUCAGGGAAAGAUCGAACGCCUCGCCCCAAUUAAACAAGGAGACGCCCGUACGUCCGUGUGUGCAGGUCACGGUCAUUGUCGACGGUCGGCGCCACGAAGGUGCUUCGGAGAUGAAAUGAAUGCACGUGUGUGGGCUUUGAUUUCAUCAUGUGCUGGUCUGGAUGUGUGGUGUAUGCUGCUGUCCUGUCAGCCCUGUUCCAUCUAGGACCCAACGCUGACGCAGUGUUCCCGGCGGUGUCCAACGGCCGAUCUCCAGGUGGGUUUCCAUCCGCUCAUCGGCUCGACAUGUGCGCUGGUGUGUACAUGACGUGUACGUGUGUGUGUGUAUGUGUGUGUGUGUGUGUCAGGUCGGUAUGUGUUGCGUGAUGGGCUCGUGCCCUUGAUGAGGAGUGCAGAAGGAGGGACUCUGUAGAAAGAUAUCAAUGUAGUUUGAUGAGUAUGGACGCACUGGUGGGACUCGUUCAUGGACAGAUUCAUACACACGAGUAUGUCGUCAGUGCAAAGGAGUCGCUCAUCUCAACCAAAACAUG